CGCGCCCUUUUGUUUACAAUUAUUUAUGUAGCUUUAACGCGUUUUCAGCAAUAUUAAAAUGUUAAAUUAUAAGUUUCCUUUAAUAUGUGGAUUUAUUUUUGUGCUAUUUUCAAUUAAAGUUUUUGCUCAAUUUGAUUGGCAGAUUCGAGAUGGAUUUGAUGAUAUUACAUCUCGAAUGGGUAAAGUUGGCGCGGAUAAUUGUAAAGUAGUUGAUCAGAAUGCUCUUUUUUUGCCAACAGAUUCUGUUACACAUGUUCCAAACAUUAAGCAAAUUGGUAUCGAUCCUGUUUUACCAAACAGGACUAAUCUUCUACAAAUUCAUAAUAUGGCAUUAUCAAGAGCUUUUUUCUACAGUUUCAUUCUUCAAAGAGCUGCAGAUGAUGAUGAACCUGGUUUUAUGUAUUAUUUUCUCUCUGCUAUAUCAGAUGUUGCAGCUAAUAGAUUCAUCAAUAGUAGUGCUAUUUAUUUUUCUCCAAAUAUGUCUUUUACACCAUCAUAUAAAGGAUUUUUCAACAAAACAAUGCCAUUAUUCGCACCUCGAGCUUUCAGAUCGGAUGAUUUUAAUGACCCCUUUCAUUUGGAACGGAUAUCUACUUUGAACACUAUUGAAGCAAUUGACCUUGGAGCUAUUCCAAACAAUUCUAUGAGUUUGAAUUACACUCAUGGCCAUUAUAAAAUCAAUGACUGGUAUUCUGCAUGGCUACCAGAUCUCACUAAGAGGCAGGAUUCUAAAACAACAUAUUCAGUUCAAAUUACUCAUGCUAAUGGAACAAAUGAAACAUUUACAUGGCAUGGGCCUCCAGCUGCUUCUGAUAUUCCUGGUCCUGUAAAAUGGUUUAAGCCGUAUUUUGAUUGUGGCAGAUCCAAUAAAUGGGUAUAUGGUGCUACUGUUCCUAUUCCUGAUAUUUUCCCUCGACACACACAAUGGAGACAUAUUGAGAUACCAACGUAUGUUGCUGUAGCUGUAAUGGAAAUUGAUUUUGAAAGAAUUGAUAUCAAUCAGUGUCCAACAGGUGAAGGCAAUCCUCCACCUAAUCGAUAUGCUGGUACUGCCAGGUGUAAAAAUCAGACUACUGAGUGUGAACCAAUUCAUGGUUAUGGAUUCCGUAGAGGUGGAUAUCAGUGUCGUUGUUUACCAGGAUACAGAUUGCCUAAAACAAUAAGAAAUCCAUUCUUGGGAGAAAUUGUAGAAAGAGCACCAUUUGAUCAAUAUAAAAAGGGAUUUAAUUGUGAACAAAUUAGUUAUUUGAUGGUCAUGACCCAAAAUGUUGAAAGACUGUCUGAAUUAGAACGAUGGAAAUAUAUUAGUCGACAGUCUAUGUUCUUUGAUAUUGGGAAUAUGACUGGUAAAAGAAUUGAUCCAACAGAAGUUGUUGAAUAUGUGAGAAAUCCUAAUUUAAAAUUUAAAUGUGAGAGUAUUGCUAGAACCCAUCCUGAGCGUUUGAUUCUAAGAGGAGAUGUGGCAUAUGGCAAGGAAAUUCAACUUGAAAAUGAAGCUCGAACAGCAUUGAGAUUGGCAAAUUUUAUAUCUGCAUUCUUACAGAUUGUAGAUCCAAAUGAUUUAUUUGCUGAAUUUCGAGUACCUGAUAGACCUUUAACUGAAGACCAAAUAAUUGGAGAAGUGUUAUCUGCUAUGAUAGGCAAUGAAAAAAUUCAAGGUUGUGGAGCAUUUUUUGAUAGAAAUCAAUUCAUAAACCGCACACUUUUUGCACCUUAUGCAUACCGUAAGGAAAGAAAUGCCCAGAAUUUCUUUGUGGAAGAUGUGGCAAGGCAGGCUCCUAAGAAAAGCUAUCUGAAGACUGAAUGGUUUAAGAAUUUGAAAGUGCAGUGGGCUGCUAACACUGAUAACCUUGAAACUUAUACAACAAAGAUUAGGAUUCGUUACAAUUCAUCUGGUCUGUAUCCCAUUCGUUACGACAGGUACCCUUUGCAAUAUAAAGCUGCAGAAGUCAAGCAUGGUUACUGGACAGCUCCAUAUUUUGACUGCGGAGGUUUCCACAACCAGUGGCUAAUUACUUAUGCUGCUCCUUUCUUUGGAUGGGACAAAAUCAAAAGCCGCCUGGAAUUUAAAGGUGCUGUUGCUGUGAAUAUGAAACUUGAAGAGUUGGACAUAAAUCAAUGUGAUGAUGAUGUUUAUGUUCAAAAUGCCUUUAAAGGAACUCAUAAAUGUGAUAGACGAUCAUCUAGAUGUGUUCCUAUCCUAGGUAGAGGGUUUGACACUGGAGGUUAUAAGUGUCAGUGUAAUCAAGGUUAUGAAUAUGCUUUUAAUGAUUACAUAACAUAUAUUGAUGGUCAAAUAUCAGAAGCAGAAUUUGACAAACUAUUGAAGAACUUCCCAAGCAGGUUUGAUACGCUGAAGUGUCGCAUUGCUGGAGCAGCAGCUAUUACUGGUCAUGUAGUUUUUGUUUUCCUGGGACUACUAUUACAUAGGGCACUUUUUUAUAUUUUAUAAUGAAUUAUUACAUUAUAAACAUUCCUUUUUAUAUAUAUGUAUACAAACAUUGGAUACAUUUCAUAAAAUAUAUUUUGGACAUGGAACCUGCUGGUAGUACUGUUUUGAAUUAUCAUUCCAUGUAAGAGGUGAAAUUUUAUGGAUAUUUUUUGCUUUCCUCACUUUUAAUCAAGAUCUGAUUAUUAGGUUAUGGUAUAUAUUUUAUAAGUGCAUUUCAUAUAAGGUAUUGAAUAGGGAAAAAAAAGUCUUUUUUUAUUUGUAUUGUUUUUUACAGCAAAAGAAAUAUUCUUUCUAUCUCAUAUUCUGUUAUGAUAUCAAUGAUUUAAGAUUUUUUUGUGACAGAUAUUAGUGUGAUAUUGUGUAGUCUUAUUUUUAUAUUUCAUUUUGCAUAUUUGCAAAGAUACUGGUGAAUGUAUUUUUAUAUAAAAUUAUCUUUCAAAAUAAUUUAUUUAUGCUAUUUUAUUGUUUAUUUACUACUAAAUCAUACAUUCCAUGAAUCAUAUUUUUUUGUUUUAUUUUAAAAUGGGUAUGGUAUUUUAA